GUAUAAGUUCAAAAGCAACAGGAUUUACUGCUUUAUUCUUUUAAAAAAAAAGAAAAGAAAAAAGGAAUGUGCUUUGAGUCACUUGUGAAAAAAAACAAAAAACCCACCUGUAGCUUUCAGCUGAAAAAAAUCCCCACAGAGUACUAUGCCUUGCGGUUCAUCCUAUUUUCAGGGCAGCUGCGACGUAGAGCUAUUUUUGCACCUCGUGCAUUUCUACAGCGUGACCGGUUCAGCAGGCAGCACAUGCCAGCUGGGCUUCUAGUUGUGUGCCUGUUCAGCAGAGCACAGCAGAGGGUGACCAGUUUGAAGAGAUGUGUUACAAAUUCCACCCAGUCGGAGCAACAAUGACCUCUCAUGUGAAACUCUGGAAGGAUAGGGUCGGUUUGGUGGACUACGACACACAAAUCAAAGAGGUGCGUUGCCAGCUUGCAGACCAACUGAAGGUCUUGGACUUGCAACUUGAGCAGAAGAGCCAGCAGCUGCAGGAUCUGACAGACUACCUGCGACGACGGGGUGAAAUUGAAAACGAGUAUGCCCGCUCCCUGGACAAACUUGCUGAAAGGUUUACAUCCAGAAUUAAGAGGAAGGAGCCCAGCAGUCACUCAGUGGCAAAAGUCUGGCUGGCUCUGCUGUCUCAGACCCGCCAGGAAAGCAGGGACCAUAAUGGACUGAGUGAGAGCUGCAGCAACUUCCUCAUCCAGCCCCUCACACACUGUCUGGAGUACACACAACGCCUCGCCAAGAAGAGUAAAGACAUAUGUUCUCAGCUACAAGAUGGACUGCUCAAGGUGACCACGGAGCUACAGACUGCAUGGCGGACGUACUACCAGUACCACUCAGACUAUGUGUGUGCAGAGGGGAAGCUAAAGGAGGCGGAGAAACAGGAGGAAAAGCAGAAGCAGAGUGCGGCUAAGAAACUUGAGCGGUUGAUAGAAAAAAGACAAGGUAAAGUUCAAGAGAUAAACUUGAAGUGCAUCAAGGCCCGAAAUGACUACCUCAUAAACCUGGGUGCAGCCAAUGCCUCCAUGAAUAAGUACUACUUCCAAGACAUCUCUACUCUCAUCGAUUGUGCAGACGUAGGCUACCACCAGACUUUGAGUCGGGUGAUGCAGGCCUACCUGUCCAGACGGUGGCGCACUCAGAAGAACCUUAGCACAGGGCUGCAGCAGCUUCAAGGGGUCGUGUCCGGACUGGAACAGAGCCAGGACAGAGACUUGCUCCUGCGGGACAAUUACAACAGCUUCUCUUUGCCCCUUCGGUUCACCUAUCAGCCACAUGACGGCGACCAGGUUUCUGAGGUCAGUGGAGAGUGUGAGAUGAGAUGUGAGCUGGAGACCAGAUUGAAACAGAUACAGACUAGACUGAAAGCAGUCACCCUGGAAACAGAGGAGGCUAGUAAGAACAUGUCAGCAGCCCAGUGUUCCCUGCUGGAGAGUGUCGCUGACGAUGAUCUGGAGCCCGGCGGUGGCGGCUCAUGUCUGGACGACGGCACCGAAAACCAGACAGUCAAGCCUAGUGUGGCCCGGCGCAGGGCCAACUUGCAGGAAAUGGAAAACCUCUACAUCACUAGAGUGAAAGAGUACCUUGUUGGCAGUUCCCUUGUUUCAAAACUGCAAGCAAAACAUGACCUGCUUAAAGUGGCUGUGGAAAAAGCAGAAGUAUCAAAUGAAUAUCAACCUAGACACAAUGGAAAGUCUAUGCGUGUCAGGAAGAAUCACUCAAGCACCAGUUUGAUGCACAACCACAAACUAUUCAGCGGAGACAUGCUAUCCUUUCUACAGGCAUCAGGACAACAGAUUCCAAUUGUUGUGGAGAGUUGCAUUCGCUUUAUCAACCUCAAUGGCCUCCACCAUGAAGGGAUAUUUAGAGUGCCUGGGUCUCAGAUGGAGGUCAACAACCUGAGGGAUGCGUUUGAGCGAGGAGAAGACCCCCUGGCUGAGCAGAGAUACGACCUGGACUCUGUGGCUGGCGUGCUGAAGCUUUAUUUCAGAGUUUUGGAGAACCCCCUCUUUCCCAUCGACAGCACCGACCAACUCCUGGAGUAUGCUCAAAUCAUAAAUGAGGCAGAGAGAGCGGCUCAGCUCAAAAUGGUCAUCUCUUCCUAUCCUGAGCCGGUCAUCAUUGUUAUGCGAUACCUCUUUGCAUUCCUUCAUCAUGUGUCGCAGUACAGCGACGAGAACAUGAUGCAGCCUUACAACCUGGCUGUGUGUUUUGGCCCCAGCUUAGUCAGAGGGGCUCGGGAUGAUGAUGUCGUCACCCUGCAGGCUCAGAUCAAUUCCCUGGUGAAAAGCAUCAUACUGCAGCAUGAAAGCAUCUACCCCAACCAGAGUGAAGUACAAGGACCGGUGUAUGAGAAAUGCAUGACACAAGAACAGGAUGACUGUGAGCCUCUUCUUGAAGAAGGAGAUGUAGACGCAGAGUACACUCAUGGCAAGGAUGAGGUAGAAAAGAUGUCCUCGGCUGACAGCAGCACCGGCAUGUCUGCAGGACAAACGAGAGCAGAACGUCCCAGAGCCAACAGCAGUGGCUCCAUUGAUCAAACUAGGUUAACGUGUGGACCAGCAGGGGGCAGCAUCACCUCAGGUGGAAAGUUGAUGCUUCAGAUUCCCAUUGGACCACAGUUCAAGGCAAGGAGAGCCCCCUCUCCUGGCUUGGUGCGCAGAGAUCUCCAGGAAUCCUCAUCUUCUGAGGAUAUUCGUGUUCAAGUAGACAAGGAGGUCUGUCGCCAGAUGGACUCGGUCUUCAAGGAGCUCCUCUCCCGUCAGGCACUGCAGGAUCCCUCCUCCACCGCCUCCUCUCCCUCUGUCCAAGCUCCCCAAAGGAAAGGGAAGCGGGAUGGACGCAGGGGGAGAGGAGUGGGGCUCUUCAAAGCAGUUGAUCCACUGGACUGAGAGGACUGGCAUCAGUAGAAGACAUGACAAGGGCGAGUUGAUGCAGAUAUAAACUGGAGUGAGGUUGAUGAGUUCUGACAGCAGCUUUCGGCACAUCUAUUUCUAGUCACUUCUGAGGCCCCUGUAAUCGGUGGGGGUAUUCUUUUCACAGGGUGGCUUCCCACUCAGAAACCCUUUCAUUCAUAUUUUGUACAGCAGAUCUGGACUGCAAUGUGGGAACUGUGGAAUACUUGAAGUGCACAGAUGUGUUUGUGUAAAGUUGAAUAUUGCAACUUAUGAAUUUGUAUCUGCAUCCGUGUCUGUGUUGAUAUUCAACUAUUUCCAUUUAAUUUUUUCAGUGAUUUUGUUUUAUCAAGUCAGGACAUGCACAUCUCUAUACAAUCACACAUACAUUCUUCAUCAAAUGUUCAUGUAUCAAAAUAAGAGUUGCAUACUGUUAAUACUGUAGCUGCAAGGAAUUUGUAAAUAUUCAUUUGUAAGGAUUUGUUUGUAUAUGACUUGUCUGGAUAUCUGGGCUGCAUGCCAAGUAAAUAUUUUGUCUCAUC